UCCAUCUGCAGAGCCGGAGCCCUCAGAGCCAUGACGUCCAUCCUCUCUGCUCUUCUCUGCCUCGGUCACUUGUGGAGACCGGCAGCAGGAGGGGAUGGGCAGGAAAUUCUCCCUUGUUCUUGUGGAACCUCAAGCUCAGGCAGCUCGAGUGGACAGGGUCCUGAUUGGAAGAAAAUCAGCUCAGACGUCUGGGUAGGAAACUCUGACAGGAACUCUCUUCCAGGGCUGAGUCUGGACCAGAGGACCCGUGUGCAGGAAGAGACCCUCUCCAAACCCACCCUCUGGGCUGAGCCAGCCGCUGUGAUCCCAUAUGGAAGCCCUGUGACCCUCAUGUGUCAGGGAAACCUGGAUGCCAAAAAGUUCUAUCUGUAUAAGGAAAGAAAACGUUUGCUUUGGAACACGCAGACCCGAUGGGAGCCCAUGAACAGGGCCAAGUUGUCCAUCAAACAGAUGAACCAGGACUUUGCAGGGAGAUAUCACUGUUACUAUCACAGCCCCACAGGCUGGUCAGAGCCCAGCGACUUCCUGGAGCUGGUGGUGACAGGAGCCUACAGCAAACCCAGCCUCUCAGCCCUGCCCAGCCCUGUCGUGACCUCGGGAGGGAACGUGACCCUCCAGUGUGGUUCAGGCCAAGGAUUUGAUGGAUUCAUUCUGACUAAGGAAGGAGAACACAGGCUCGCCUGGUCCCUGGACUCUCAGCCACACACCAGUGGGCAGUUCCAGGCCCUGUUUCCUCUGGGCCCCCUGACCUCCAUUCAGAGGUGGACACUCAGAUGCUAUGGCUGCUACAAGAAGGUGCCCCAGGUGUGGUCACAGCCCAGUGAGUCCCUGGAGCUCCUGGUCUCAGACUGCACAGUGGAGAAUCUCAUCCGGAUGGGCGUGGCUGGCUUGGUCCUGGUGGUGCUCGGGGUGCUGCUAUUUCAGGCUCGAAACGACACCAGAAGGACCCUCGACACAGCCAGGAUGUGAACACAGAGGCGACAAUGCACCGUUCAGAGUGGGGGAGCCCUGGAGCUCAUCUGAUGACCCCAGGAGGUGCUGAAAGAGAAUGUGGACCAUAAUUGGGGAAAAUGUCUGCUGAGAAUGUCCUGGGGAGAAGACGUGGUAUGCGAGGUUUGGGUGCAGGAGAACGUGGGCCAUGCCCCUGUAGAGGACGCCCCCUCCAUCCACCUGGGUGCUCUCCCUCCCUCCCUGUCCUCGCUCACUCUCGUCCACUGCCCUUCUGUUCUCACCCUGUGAUGUGAGGGUCCAUCCCACAUGGCUGGUUUGGAUUCACAUCUAUGCACCCCUUCAUGCGGGGUCACAUCCAUCCCAACAAAAUGAGGUAUCUUUACAAUCUUGGAAUUUUUUAAACCAUAAAGGACAAAGGAUGGGUACCUGGUACAUUGUGGGCAAAUGUCAAAAUAAUGCAGCUCAGUGACAGAAAGCAGACGCAUAAGGUCAGGGGUUGUGUGAUUCCAUUUAUGCGAAAUGUCCAGGAGAAGGAAACCCAUAGAAACCGAAAUCAGAUUGGUUUGUCUGGGGUUGACCAAGAGGACAGAUAGGAGAUGGACUGUUUGGUGUUUUUGUGGGGGGUUGGCUAUAAAUACUUCUUGAAACUAGGUAGAUGUUGUCAUUGAGACAUUGUGUAUUUAUUACAUUCUAGUGAAUUUUAUAUUUUAAAAGACUGAGUUGUAUGUUAUUUGAAUGUUGCAUCAAUAACAAUAAAUG